ACACUGGAUCAGGGGUGGCACUGGUCCCUUCCAGCCCAGACCCUCUCGCUGCAGAUGAGCUGGCAGACAAGAAGGUCAGCAGAGCUGAGGAUUUUGGGCAUGGCAGGGGUUUGGCCGGUGGAGCUGAGGAUUUUGGGCCUGCCACAGGCUCAGAUGGUGAAGCCCCUGGAGAGCUGGGACAUGCCCCUGCCCUCAACCUGCUGCCAGCCACGGAGGAUGGCACAGAGUCGGCAGCGGAGGAGACAACGCUGCUGCUGCAGAGCCACGUCCUACCAACAGCCCCUGCUGCCCCCAGACCUGAUGCAAAACAAACUUUCCCUGUUAAGAAAAAGCCACCGACUCUAAAGCAAGGAAAUACAGGAAGGAAGCACCCGAGGCUGAAGCCCACCCUGGCAGGACCCCCUGGGACUGCCUCCCCAGCCAGCCCCAGGGGCUCCAGACUCCCAACUGCUGCCCAAGAGCCGCGUGGGCCAGCAGAGGACACGGAGCAGAGUCCCCCUGAGCUGCCCUGGGGGGACCAGGCCACCACCAGCCGCCCCACGCUGCAGAUCUCCCCCUCCACCCUGCCACCAGCACUCCAUCAACCCUUCCCUGACAGCACAGGUGAUGCUGGUGAGGCUCCCACCGCGGCUCCUGCCGGCGCUGCCGUAAUCCCAACGAACAGCGCGGAGAGAGAGCUGCAUGGCUCUGCCUGGGAAGAGAGCCAAGAAACCACCACGUCCACCAUCAUCACCACCACUGUCACGACCACGGAGCCCACCCCAGUCCUCUGCAGCAUGAGCUUCCACGACCCUGAGGGCUACAUCGACUCCACUGACUAUCCCCCUCUGCCCCUCCACGGGUACCUGCAGUGCACCUACAACGUCACCGUCUACACAGGCUACGGCGUCGAGCUCCAGGUGAAGAGUGUGAACCUGUCAGAUGGGGAGGUGCUCUCCAUCCGUGGGGUGGAUGGUGAUGCCCUGGUGGUCUUGGCCAACCAGACCCUGCUGGUGGAGGGGCAGGUGAUCCGCAGUCCCACCAACACCAUCUCCGUCUACUUCCGCACCUUCCAGGACGAGGUGGUUGGCACCUUCCAGCUGCACUACCAGGUGUUCAUGCUGAGCUGCAACUUCCCACGGAGACCUGACUUUGGAGAUGUCACUGUGAUGGAUUUGCACUCGGGUGGCAUCGCUCACUUCCACUGUCACCUGGGCUAUGAGCUGCAGGGUCCACGGGUGCUCACCUGCAUCAAUGCCUCACGACCACACUGGAGCAGCCCCGAGCCCAUCUGCUCAGCUCCCUGUGGUGGGACAGUCCACAAUGCCACCAUUGGCCGUGUGCUGUCACCCAGCUACACUGGGAACCAGUCCAGCAGCAUGUACUGCGUGUGGGCCAUCGGAGCACCCCUGGGACAGAAGCUGCACCUGCACUUCGAGAAGCUCCUGCUGACUGAGAAGGACAGGAUGGUGGUGUACAGUGGGGACACCAACCAGUCUGCUGUCCUCUACGACUCGCUGCGAGCAGACAGUGUGCCCUUCGAGGGGGUGAUCAGCGACGGCUCCUCCAUCCGCAUCGAGUUCCUCGCCGAGGAGCCUGCAGCUGCCACAGCUUUCAACAUACGCUUCGAAGCCUUUGAGCGGGGCCACUGCUAUGAGCCCUACAUCCAGAACGGGAACUUCACCACCUCUGACCCCACCUACAACCUGGGCACCACCGUGGAGUUCACCUGUGACCCAGGGCACUCCCUGGAGCAGGGCCCUGCUGUCAUCGAGUGCGUCAACAUGCGGGAUCCGUACUGGAAUGACACAGAGCCGCUGUGCCGAGCCACAUGUGGGGGUGAGCUGACUGCCAUGGCUGGGGUGAUCCUGUCCCCCAACUGGCCAGAGCCCUAUGCGGAGGGAGAGGAUUGCAUCUGGAGGAUCCACGUGGGAGAGGAGAAGAGGCUAUUCCUGGACAUCCAGCUCCUCAACAUCACCAACAGCGACAUCCUCACCAUUUACGAUGGGGAUGAGCUCACCGCUCGCAUCCUGGGGCAGUACGUCGGCAGCAGUGGUCCCCAGAAGCUCUACUCCUCCAGCCCCGACCUCACCAUCCAGUUCCACUCGGAUCCUGCAGGGCUUAUCUUCGGGAAGGGGCAGGGAUUCAUCAUGAACUACAUAGAGGUGUCCCGCAAUGACUCCUGCUCUGACCUGCCCGAGAUCCAGAAUGGCUGGAAGACCACAUCACAUACAGAACUGGUGAGAGGGGCCAAGAUCACCUACCAGUGCGACCCAGGCUAUGACAUCGUGGGGAGUGACACCCUCACCUGCCAGUGGGACCUCAGCUGGAGCAGUGACCCUCCUUUCUGUGAAAAGAUUAUGUACUGCACGGACCCAGGUGAGGUGGAGCACUCAACUCGCCUCAUCUCUGACCCAGUGCUGCUGGUGGGCACCACCAUCCAGUACACCUGCAACCCUGGCUUCGUGCUGGAGGGCAGCUCACUGCUCACCUGCUACAGCCGUGAGACUGGGACGCCCAUCUGGACCUCACGGCUCCCACACUGUGUCUCUGAGGAGUCACUGGCCUGUGAUAAUCCAGGACUGCCAGAAAACGGGUACCAAAUUCUUUACAAACGCCUCUACCUGCCAGGAGAGUCCCUGACCUUCAUGUGCUACGAGGGCUUUGAACUCAUGGGGGAGGUGACCAUCAAAUGCAUCCUGGGCCAGCCAUCCCACUGGAGUGGACCCCUACCCAUCUGCAAAGUGAACCAAGACAGCUUUGAACACGCUCUGGAAGUAGCAGAAGCUGCUGCAGAGACAUCGCUCGAGGGGGGAAACAUGGCCUUGGCUAUAUUCAUCCCAGUGCUGAUCAUCUCCCUGCUGCUGGGAGGAGCAUACAUCUAUCUCACAAGGUGUCGGUAUUACUCCAGCCUCCGCCUGCCUCUCAUGUACUCCCACCCCUACAGCCAGAUCACGGUAGAAACGGAGUUUGACAACCCGAUUUAUGAGACAGGGGAAACACGAGAAUACGAGGUCUCAAUAUAAGGACAGCGGUAAGAGAGUCUCCGGCUGCGAACUUAAUGUGCUCUCAUAGAACUUCCUCAGUAACUAAUCCAGAGACCACGUGGAGUUUGGUUGGACCCCCGGACCUGCUGUUGUCUUUCCUUUUGCCUCUUUAUUGAAGAUUUUACUGUUUUCUUCACUGUAUUUAUUCUAUUUAAACUGCGAUAGGUGUGCUGCCGAGCCCUGGGCACAGGCAGCAGCGGGAGCCGGGGCAGAGCUGGGUCCUGGUGAGGCCAGGGGGGCGCGGGGGCACUGCUGUGUCCC